UCGUCUGUCCAGUUGUCGACGGCAUACGCGGUGAGGCGGUCUGGAUCAGUGUCCUCAAAAACUGACUGUAUCAACUUAGUUUUAGUUUUUAAUUCGUUAAAUACCCGGCAAAUUAACCGUUGGCAAACAUAAUGGCUUCUACAGAUGUCGCUCGGCAGCCGGAUAAAGAAGCCAGGUCCCUGUCCCUGGCAGGACAUGUUGGCUUUGACAGCUUGCCAGAUCAGCUUGUCAACAAGUCAAUCUCCCAGGGCUUCUGCUUUAAUAUUCUCUGCAUCGGUGAAACGGGUAUCGGCAAGUCUACUCUGAUGGACACUCUCUUUAACACCAACUUUGAAAACUUUGAGUCCUCCCACUUUGAGCCUCAGGUGAAGCUGCGGGCUCAGACCUACGACCUGCAGGAGAGUAAUGUCAGACUGCGCCUCACUGUGGUCAACACUGUGGGAUUUGGCGAUCAGAUGAACAAACAAGAGAGCUAUCAGCCUGUGGUUGACUAUAUAGACAGACAGUUUGAGAGCUAUCUCCAGGAGGAGCUGAAAAUCAAGCGCUCUCUUCACAACUACCAUGACUCGCGAGUCCACGCAUGUCUCUACUUCAUCUCCCCCUCAGGUCAUUCACUCAAAUCCCUGGACCUGGUCACCAUGAAAAAGCUAGACAGCAAGGUGAACAUCAUCCCGGUCAUCGCCAAAGCGGACACCAUCAGCAAGUCGGAGCUGCACAAGUUCAAGAUCAAAAUCAUGAGUGAGCUGGUCAGCAAUGGUGUCCAAAUCUACCAGUUUCCUCUUGACGAUGAGACUGUGGCAAAGGUCAACACCACAAUGAAUGGUCAUUUGCCAUUUGCAGUAGUCGGCAGCACAGAAGAAGUGAGUGUUGGAAAUAAGAUGGUGAAGGCUCGUCAGUAUCCAUGGGGAGUAGUCCAAGUUGAAAAUGAGAGCCACUGUGACUUUGUUAAACUGAGGGAGAUGCUCAUCUGUGUAAACAUGGAAGACCUCAGGGAGCAGACACACAGUCGCCAUUAUGAACUCUACAGGCGAUGUAAACUAGAGGAGAUGGGGUUCAAGGACACUGACCCAGAAUGCAAACCUGUCAGCCUGCAGCAGACCUAUGAAGCCAAGCGCCAGGAGUUCCUGGUGGAGCUGCAGAAGAGGGAGGAUGAGAUGAGGCAGAUGUUUGUGCAGAGGGUGAAAGAGAAGGAGGCUGAGCUGAAGGAAGCUGAAAGAGAGCUCCAGAGUCGUUUUGAGCAGCUGAAACGCCUCCAUGCAGAUGAGAAAGCAGCUCUGGAGGACAAGAAGAGACUCCUGGAUGAGGACCAGAGUUCUUUCAGCAAGAGGCGAGCUGCAGCACAGCUCCUGCAGGCCCAGAGCCUCACUGCCAACGGCAAGAAGGAUAAAGACCGCAAGAAUUCUGGCUUCAUGUGAAGACUUUGGGAUCUGAAGUACUCCUCCAUCUUGACCAGUUUAACCAGUGACCCCCUCCCUCCCCCCAUGCUCUUUGUGGCCAGUCUCAAACACUAACCAGGGCACACCACACUCACCAGCAGUGUGAGAGAGUUAGAUCUUUUGCCAAAGUUUAAUGACAUGAAUCUGUGUAUACUUUCCUCAGUGGUAUUUUUAAUCUACCUAGCUUUUUUUACAGCUGUGUUAUAUUUUAUAUAUUUAUCCUUUCAGUAUCAUAUUAAGUCUUUAUUUCCAAUUUAUGUCAUCACCCUUCUCUAAAACUCAGUGUAUCGCUCCUCACACAGCCUUGGUGCUGUACAUGGAACAAAGGGCUUGUAAAGGUACAAAUGAAAAAUUGUAAGGGACAUCUUCUGUUAUAUUGUCAGCCAUGUCUUCAGUUUAUAAUGUAAAAUUUUCAUUGCUUUUAAAUGUAGUCCUGUGACUUUGCUAAUGAGACUUUUAAAUAUCUGUAUCAUGUUUUAAGAUUAAGUAAGACCCCCUUUUCAGGCAUACACUUCAUGGUUAGACUUUAUUUUUAGCUUCAACAUGUUUCCAAAUGCCUGAGUCUCUCAAAGCAGUAGAAAGAGCCUUCUGGCACUCCCACAUUCAUAGCCAGAGCAUGAGUCGGCAUACGUUUUCAUUCAUGCGAAGCACUCCAGGAACACGCCUCAAACACAACAAUGGCUUGGUAUCUCCUGCAGCAGUGUUUUGGUGUUGUCAGACACUAAAAAGUAAGCAGUGGGAGUCUGUGUUCUAUUUAUAAUCAGUGACUUAGUAAACUUGUAAGAAAAUCAACCAGAGUUCUCCAGAUUAGUGAGAAGUGGAGAUAUGUUUGUUAAGAAGCCUCAGAGAUAAUCAACAAUUUAUCCCUUUAUUAUUUAUUCAACUCACAGCUGUUCUGGAGCAGAGCGGUUUCAGCUGCAGCCAUGAUAAAUUCAUUAAACGGAUCUAGUGCUAAAUCCAGGGAUGUUACAGAAUCCAUGUCUAAAAGGAGGCUUAGGAGAUGAUGUGUGAAGGUUGAUGUAUUACAUUCACCCCGAGGAGUUGUCAUAAGCAGUAAGGAAGCAGGCACAGAGUCAAAGUAUCAUUUGUUUGAUUACAUCAGAUAUUUUCCUUGCAUGUUUUGGUUGCUUUUAUAAAGAGCACACCAGCAUUACAGGGAUGUACAGGAGCUGAGUUAAGACCUCUGUUUUAGCUUUAAGGGAAUUUAUUUUCUCUUUAUUGUCUGUUGUUCACAGCUUGACAGUUUACUAUGACAAGGUACAUGUAUGGUAUGUAUUUAUAUAUAUUUAGUUUUUCUUGCUGCGUUGUUUUUGACACAAAUGGCUGACUUUCUCGAUGCAAAAACAGAGGGAAAGAGAUGCACUCUGUAACUGUCAGUGUUUGAGAGUACAGGAGAGGAGGGAAGACUUCUUGACUUUUUAUUAAUCUUGUCUUUAUUCACCUUUCUAUAGUUAGGAUGAAACAGGUUUUCACACCUCAAAUCCUUUUACAGAACAGAGUAACCUGAACACUGUGCUGGUGUGAAAUGUAAACCAACAUCUACUCACAAACAAAGCCACUUUAUAAUACCUACACUAGUGCUCACCACAUGUUAGUGCCUUAUCUGUUUAAAAACCAGUAGAAAUACUUUCCAUGUAACGUUUACAUCCAGGGAAACACACUGAUGCCUAAUGGAGUAAAGCUUGUUGAAUUUACAUUUGUUCCUCUGUAUUUAAGGACUAAACAGUGUUAUUUGGAAGCUUUUAUUCCUUCUUUCUGAAUAAAUCUGUAUUUUUGUCAUGAUA